AAAAUUGAUUUUUACGACAGAUUGUUUAAAGCAAAUCAUAGCAACGAAUGAUUGCAUUAAAGACCUCACAAUAAAAAUAUUUCAACGUUCAUAGUGAAUAAAUUCUAUUAUGGAAAAAUUAAUUGAAAUAUUUUUCGAAUUGGACAAGGAUAAUAAUGAAAUUGUUGAUAAACAAGAACUUGUCAAUUACUGUAAAGACAACAAACUUGAUAUGAAAAUGGUUAAUGAGUGGUUGUCAAAAUGUGAUACAGACAAAAAUAAUAAAAUUACAUUCGAUGAAUUUUGUCGAGGAUUUGGUAUUAAGUUAGCCGAGAUGCGAGUCGAAAAAAUUGAGAGAGCCUUAAUUUAUGAUGAUACUGUGAAACCGAAACCAAUCAAUGUAGAUAUUAUCAAUUCAUCAAUGUCAGAAAAGAAACAAGCAGAAGUUAUUGAAACUUAUCAAAAACUUAUAAAACAAUACGGAUCAGAUGAAAAGAAUUUAGAUAAAGUUUCAAGUGGAUUGAAAAAGUUUUUGGAAGAACACUAUACAAAUGUUUGGCAUGUUAUCAUAUUGAAUGGUUCAUUUUGGAUGAGUUUUUCACAUGAACCAUUUUGUUCACUACAAUUUAAAUCAGAUAAAUAUACUUGUAGUCUUUGGCGUACACCAGAUGGUCAAAGAUUUAGUUCAUAAAUACAAUAGCUCAAAUUACUCUCACUAUAAUAUCCUAUUAAAUAUUAUCCUAAUGUGACCAGUCUUUCGAGAUGUUUCGUGAUAUAUUUGGAUCUUCAAUUAAUUAUUAGACAAAAUGUACAUUCCCUAUCCAAGAAUACAUACCAAAUGCAGUGUCAUGUAAAAAUAACCAUAAAUAUAUUUAGUGAAAGUUCAAAUGUUUUCAACUAGAGUCUAAAUGAUUUAUCUUAUAAAAGUUUUAAUCAAAUGUUUACUUAAAAGACUUAUUAAUUUCGACUAAUGAUAAUGAAUUUUCCAGACAUUGUUUAUGAGUCAUAAUUAAAAGUAAUCAGCACUAUACGGAGGAACGAGUUUACACGUAGCAUAGUAAUUCACUUUUAAUAUCCUAAUGUUAAACUGAUGAAUUUUGAAUUCACUACAAACAGGCUUAAUGCUGAUACCUUUACGCAUUGUUUUUUGAGUGAAACACCCUUCCAGCAUUCUCCGGUUUAUGAACCAUUGCUGGCUGAGAUUAACUGGUAAAAUAAUUAGCUUUCUAUCGAAUGUUACAUAGAGCUACUGAGCAAUCUCAAGUGUAAAACGUUAGCUGGUAAACAAACUUACUUUAUUCCCUCUCGUAUGAGUUGUUAUUAGGCUAUUUUGGUUAUCAAAACAUGGUAAUUUACGACCUUUUUUGUGUAGAUGUUUCACAUAUUCCGUUUGCAUUUUCUGAAAU